GGCUGCGGCCUCGAUCCGGCCCGGCAGCCGAUCAUCGAGCAGCUUGCUACACGCCGACGCCAGCUGAGCGACGCCAAGCCACUGGGCAAGCGGCUCGAUGGUGCCCUGGCGGCGUUCGAGAGAGCCAAGGCGAGCGAAGCUGCUGCCCUCGAAGUGGCACAACUCGAGUCGGACGUGGCGGAACUCCAGCAGCAGGUGGCCGCUGCAAGGGCGAAGGAGACCCCCAAGCCUGUCGCCAUCAACCUUGGCGAGCAGCUCCAGGCCACCAUCAAGCAGUUGGAGGAGUACGGCACUGUCUCACCCGAAGGGCUGGCGGAGGCGAAGAAGGUUUGCGAGGAGACCUUCGCCAAGUUCCAGGCGACGCUGGACAUGGCAGCCAGGGCUGCUGCGCAGGAGGCGGGGGCUCCCGCCAGGCCACGCUUCAACCACAAGGCUCCCCCCGUGGAGCCUGUCCCGAUGGCGCCGCUGGGGCGCCACGCUGGCAAGCAGCCGGCGAAGUACUACAUCUCCGACUACGGCAAUCCGGCCAAGAAGCCGAAGCAGCAGGCGCGGGCGUAUGCAGCAGUGAGCGGCAUCUGCAUGCGGAGCAAGAUCACGAUGCUGGAUGAGCUCACCGAGGGGCGGCACUACACUAUGGUGUCUGCGGCGGCGGAUGCUCACGGAACGCUUGGCGUCCAGCUGUGGGUCAAGCGCUCUCUGCCCAUCGUUGCGUUGCAGGCUGAGUCACCUCGACUUCUCCACGCUGUCGUUGGCAAGCGUGGGUGCGAGGUUGGUUGCCUCGUGGAGCACGCGCUUCACUCCAUGACUGCUGAGCCUGAUCGUCUCCAAUGGUGGGCUGACUUGGACCGGCUGGUCGGAAAGAUAUUUUCGAGGAUCGAUUACGCGUUGUCGACGGCGGAGCUUGCGCACUGGCGUCGAUUGUGCGAACCGCUCCCCGAUGUAUUCUUGACGCUCAAUGCUAAGCAGGACCGCGGCCUCGUUGCGAUGGAGACGCUUGCCUGCUACGGGACGCCCAUGAGCCCACCUCCAACCACCUUCAAGGUGAACAAGUACAACCUGGACGACCCUGUUCAGCGGGAGCCUCUCCAGCAAUGCAUGUGGCAGUUCCCGUGCGUCGGUGAGCAUGUCCACAUCGACGACCACUUGGAGUUACUGUGCAUCUG